AUGCGAGACAAAGUUUAUCGAAACUACAAGACGAGACGAGAUAGGAAGGUUUAUUGUUCGUCUACCAAACGACGAUUGAGUAAAGAUCCGACGUUAAGGGCGAGCUAUGUGGAUUUCAUGCAAGACUACGAGCAACAAGGACACAUGUCAGCGGUGACGAAUGGAAACGCACUCGAAUCGGAGUCAUAUUAUCUGCCACAUCAAGCUGUAGUGCGACCUGAUAGUGUGACAACGAAGCUUCGAGUUGUAUUCGAUGCAUUAGCCAAAACGAAUGUGGCGGCUAUGUUCAGACAGAUCCGUGUGGACAAGCGAGAUCGAGUAUUACAGCGAAUGCACUGGAGAGAAGAUUCGAGUCAACCAGUACAAGUUUUUGAGCUGAACACAGUAACAUAUGGAACAGCAUGCGCUCCAUAUUUGGCGAUGCGUUGUCUUCAACAGUUGGCGAGGGAGCACCUUGUCGAUUUGCCAGAAGCUGCGCAUGCCAUUAAGGAAGAUUGUUACAUGGAUGAUAUUUUAACGGGAUCGAGAAGACUCGACGAUAUAAUGUUAGAACCGAUACCUUGUUACUCAUCGACGACGAUGGGGGCUUUAAAAACAUUGGGCUUAUUGUGGAACUCGGCAUCAGAUUGUCUACAGUAUAGCAUCAAGAUAUCAAACUCACAAACGAUAACUAAACGGAUGUUGUUUUCAAAAAUAGCACAAGUUUUCGAUCCACUCGGGCUUCUAGCUCCUUUGUUGAUCAACGGUAAAAUAAUUCUUGAGCAAUUAUGGUCGCAUAGCAUCGAAUGGGAUGAAAGUGUACCCGAAAAUAUCCGCGCAACGUGGGAAAGUUACUAUCUCUCCUUGCCGAAAAUCAAUGAAUUACGAAUUCCGAGAAAUGUAACUCCAAGGCGAAACUCGGAGAAAUUCAACGUCGUUGGAUUCGGCGAUGCAUCAGAAAAAGCAUACGGAGCAUGUUUGUAUGCAGUGAGUACCGACAGUAAUGAUAACGUCAAUUCUCAUCUUAUAUGCUCGAAAUCGAAAGUAUCACCUUUGAAGACAAUCUCAUUACUCAGAUUAGAACUUGAAGCCACGCUUUUACUUUCGCGAUUAUACGUAAUAACGCGAAAUUCGUAUGGUUCAAGAAUCGAUGAAGUUACUCUCUGGAGUGACAGCAUGAUAGUGCUUGGUUGGAUAAAAAGUCCACCCUGUUCGCUAAAGACGUUUGUAGCGAAUCGCGUUUCAAAAAUUCAAGAUAUGACGGAAAAUAUUGCCUCGCAUCAUGUGUCUUCUAAAAAAAAUCCUGCUGACUUAAUCACGAGAGGGGUCAGCGUGGACACGCUAUUGAAUAGCGGCCUCUGGUGGAAUGGUCCCCACUGGUUAAAAUCCGAUUCUUGUCGACCCGAACAGGAAGAAGAGGCGGAAAUGAAUCUACCGGAAAUAAAAUCCACAACGAUGACAAUGAAGACAACGAAGGAUUACGACGUAUUAAUGAGAUAUUCCUCCUUUGACAAGCUCAAACGGGUGAUUGCGUAUUGCAUGCUAUUCAAGAAUAACGCUCUCAACAAGAAGAAAAUUGGCGGUCCAUUCACGGUUGAAGAAUGCGAUGAGGCUGAAAAAGCGAUAGUAAAAUUGGUGCAACAAGAAACAUUUCGUCAAGAGAUUCGAGAUUUGAAGGAGCAACGAGAAAUCUCACGCAAAAGCCAAAUACGAGGAUUAGAUUCCUUCCUGGAUACAGACGGUCUGAUUCGAGUGGGAGGGAGACUCCGAAAUUCAAAUCUACCCUGGACACAAAAGCAUCAAAUAAUUUUGCCGGCCAAGCAUUUUGUAACUGGUUUGAUUAUACGCAGUGAGCAUGUUAGACAUUAUCAUUGCUCAUCGGAGCAGCUUCUCAACGUAGUUCGGAAUCGUUAUUGGCCAGUAUGUGGCAGACAAGAAGUGCGGAAGCUUGUUAAAGGCUAUCUGGCUUGUUUUCGAUUUAGGCCAAUAGUACAGGAUGCAAAAAUGGAAGAUUUGCCCAAACAACGAGUAAGCGGAUUUAUUAGAUCGUUUACCCACACCGGGAUCGACUACGCGGGACCCCUGCAAGUACGAGAAAGUCGACGUCGUGGACGUAUUCAUGUUUCGAAAGGAUACAUAGCCGUGUUUACGUGUCUCAGCACAAAGGCCGUUCACUUAGAACUCGUGUCGGAUUUAACUACGGAAGCAUUCUUAGCAGCCAUGAGUCGUUUUACUGCCCGACGAGGUAUAUGCUCUCAGAUAUUUUCCGAUAAUGGCACAAACUUUGUCGGGGCUUCGCAUGAAUUGAAAGAGAUAUACCGCUUUCUUGAGAAGGAAGCUCGGGAAAUAGAAACAAAUCUCGCUCAACAGCGUAUCGUAUGGAAUUUUAUUCCUCCUCGUGCCCCUCAUUUUGGAGGCAUAUGGGAGGCGGCAGUAAAGAUAACUAAAAGACAUUUUUAUACGGUGACGCAGAGUAGACUGAUGACAUUUGAAGAAUACGCUACACUGCUAACGGAAAUCGAAGCGAUUUUAAAUUCGAGACCUCUCACACCUCUAUCCAAUGAUCCUAAUGAUUUUGAUGCAUUAACCCCAGCCCACUUCCUUAUUGGCGGCUCACUAAGCCAACCUGUCGAGAAUGAUUAUCUGGAAACUCCAGAUAAUCGGUUGCCACGCAGAGUAUCCGAGGUACAUCCAGGACUAGACGGAGUCGUGCGUGUGGUCACGGUUAAAACGAAAAAUGGAGACUUUAAGAGAGCUGUGAAAGGGCUGUGUCCCAUUCCUACCGAUUCAUUAAUAGACUAA